GGGAGGGGGAGGUCUUGUGAAUGGCGGGGCAACCUUGAAACCGUCGCGGAGUGACGAGCGCGAGCCUGCGGACUUCCAACCACCGGAGAGCGCGACACUUCGGAGGAGUCAAAGCCACAAAAGAUGGCCAUUUAAGACGUUUUUAUUUGCCUUCCCCAACCCCGGACUAAGCGUUUUCACUCAGUUCGAGCUCGCCGGUGCGCGUCGUCGUCGUCCCCCCCUUCCAUUUUUUCUUUCUUUCUGGAAGACCGUGUUUUUUUUUUUGUUUUUUUUUUUCCACGGGAGAAGUGAGAGUGGGCUGCGUGGAGUCACUUACAAAGACCAUCAAGAAGUCAUGACACGACGGAGGAUUUAUUUGGAUGUAACUCUUUGAAUAAAACAAGCCACAGCAUUCGACCGUGGGUCAGCCGGCCGGAGACUACCAUUGACGCCUUGGGACAUUAAAUGUAGAUUUGGACCCUUCUUGAGUCGCCCUACUUGGAUCAAAGUUUUUCCUUUCCCUCCCCCCCUCCUCCUCCUUCUCAACUAUGGCGGCCAGGUCCACCACUAGCUCUGUGCUUGUGCGGAUCAUGUGGCUGCUGUGCGGGGUGUCCUUCACCCCGGCGUCUGCCCAACACUACAACAGCGAGAGUGGAAUAUCGAUCCCAGAGCACGGCUUUUGCCAGCCCAUUUCCAUCCCGCUCUGCACCGACAUCGCCUACAACCAGACCAUCAUGCCGAACCUCCUGGGCCACACCAACCAAGAAGACGCCGGGCUGGAGGUUCACCAGUUCUACCCCUUGGUGAAGGUCCAGUGCUCGGCCGACCUCAAAUUCUUCCUCUGCUCCAUGUACGCUCCCGUGUGCACGGUUCUGGAGCAAGCCAUUCCGCCGUGUCGGUCCCUGUGCGAGCGAGCGCGGAUGGGAUGCGAAGCCCUGAUGAACAAAUUCGGCUUCCAGUGGCCGGAGAGGCUCCGCUGCGAGGCGUUCCCCGUCCACGGAGCUGGGGAGAUCUGCGUGGGCCAGAACACGUCGGAGCCCAGCAGCCCGGGCUCGUCGUCGUCCCCGUACGCACCCGAGCUGGUGACCCUUCACCCCAGCAUGGGCCGACCCAAGCCUCCCCUGCACAACCAGCAGCACGAGUUCUCCUGCCCGCUGCAACUGGAGGUUCCGUCCUACCUGGGAUAUAAAUUCAUGGGGGUCAAAGACUGCGGGGCUCCUUGUGAACCCGCCAAGCCCACCGGGAUCAUGUAUUUCCGGGAGGACGAGGUGAAAUUUGGCCGUCUCUGGGUCGGCAUCUGGUCCAUCCUGUGCUGUGUGAGCACUUUGUUCACCGUGCUCACCUACCUGGUGGACAUGAGGCGCUUUCGAUACCCAGAGCGGCCGAUAAUCUUUUUAUCUGGCUGCUAUUUCAUGGUGGCUGUGGCGUACGCCGCCGGCUUCUUCCUGGAGGACAAAGUUGUUUGUGUGGAUAAAUUCAAGGAUGACGGCUACAGGACUGUGGCCCAGGGGACAAAAAAGGAGGGGUGCACCAUUCUCUUCAUGGUCUUGUACUUUUUUGGAAUGGCCAGCUCCAUCUGGUGGGUGAUUCUGUCCCUCACAUGGUUCCUGUCAGCAGGCAUGAAAUGGGGCCAUGAAGCAAUCGAAGCCAACUCGCAGUAUUUCCACUUGGCUGCAUGGGCCGUCCCCGCCAUCAAGACCAUCACCAUCCUGGCCAUGGGCCAAGUGGAUGGCGACGUUCUGACCGGAGUAUGUUUCGUGGGGAUCUUCAACGUGGACGCCCUGAGGGGCUUCGUCCUGGCUCCGCUAUUUGUCUACCUGUUUAUCGGAACGUCCUUCCUCCUGGCCGGCUUUGUGUCCCUCUUCCGGAUCCGUACCAUCAUGAAGCACGACGGCACCAAGACGGAGAAGCUGGAGAAGCUGAUGGUCCGCAUCGGCGUGUUCAGCGUGCUGUACACGGUGCCGGCCACCAUCGUCAUCGCCUGCUACUUCUACGAGCAGGCCUUCCGGGAGCACUGGGAGAGGACCUGGCACAUGCAGACGUGCAAACGCUUCGCCGUGCCCUGUCCGCUCCACAACUAUGCCCCCAUGACCCCCGACUUCACCGUCUUCAUGAUCAAAUACCUGAUGACCAUGAUCGUCGGGAUCACCUCUGGCUUCUGGGUCUGGUCCGGCAAGACCCUGCAGUCGUGGAGGAGGUUCUACAAGCGCCUUAGCAACGGUAACCACGGGGAAACGACAGUGUGAAGUGGAACAAGGUACAGAAUUACAAUAACCAUAAAGAGAAAAUGAGGUCGAAUAGCUUUCAUUUUUAUACUAUUUUGGACAUAUUUUUUUCUAUUUGUGACAACUAGUCCACAGGCUCACAGACACAACUCUCACCCUCUAUAUUCAAUACGGAAUGGAACAAUCUGCAUAUUUUUUUUUUCUCUCACACAAACCUCAGAACUGUUUCUUGUAUGUAAUUUUGGGGGUCUCUGCUCCAUGGACUGUCACAAACACCGGACUUGAAGUUUCUUUAUUAUUCACUCGUCACAUCCUUUAUGUUAGCUUACAUGUUGAAUGUACUUGGUGUGUCCACUCUCCCAGUGGCCUACAUAGCAUGACAGAAAAAUAAGACUGACGGGCCUUAGAAAAUCUCCUGACUGUGAAUGCAUUCUUCGGGCUUACCUGGCUCUGCCAUUGCACGUUAUAAGUUACUCUACCCAGUAAUGGAAGACUGAACUGCUAAUAAGUGAGAUUAAUGCAGUGGCCGGUGCCAAAGGGCGGCCCACAACUCUUCUAGAAAUCUCUUUAAACAUAUUUCCCCCUCCGUUGAAUGUUCACUCCGAAGGUGAAUGAAGUUACUGUUUGUGUUGGUUUGCACAAAAAGGUUUUUAAAAAGUGUUAAGAAAGCGACUGUUACACUACAAAGCGAGCGACUAAAAUCCUGGUGGGUUUCUCGUGUCACCCGACUUGAGGGUCUGAAACUGUUACAUCCCAUCAACCGUUUUGAGCUGUCUAAACCAGUUUGAGUCUCAAUUGGCUUCUGAAGUUUUUGUGUUACGUUUCAUCAUGAACUCAUCGGUACCAAUGGGCGGAUUUUAGAGACCACACACACACACACGGCUCAUUCUCUGUGUGUGGUCUCUAAACCGGACCCCACAUCAGAAAGACUGUAAUAGGUUUCUUCUGUGGGAGUGGAUUCUGAAUGUUAUUCUUGCUUAGAUAAAGACGAUUGUUCACACUUAAGCCUGCCAUUCUUUGUUUUUAUUACAUUUAGAUGUGUGAAAUGGAUUUGACUAAAUCCGCCAGGGGAUGAAUUAUGAUUUUUUUUUUGGUUUUUUUUUAAAGUUGCUUCACACCCAGACUGAGAUUUGACGUUGAUUUUUAAGUAUCGCAAACUUUUAGAACCGUACAGAAGCCAUGUUUCUGUCCUGGUGCCUGAUGUCCUAAGUCAGUGGUUCUCAAACUGUGUACCACCGUAACGACCAACAUUAAAAAACACAGUCCGUAGCAGGCCGAAAACCAUCCAUCCAUCCAUUUUCUACCGCUUGUCCCUUACAUGGGUCACGAGGGUGGGGGGCUGGAGCCUAUCUCAGCUGCCUUUCGGGCGGUAGGCGGGGUACACCCUGGACAAGUCGCCACCUCAUCAAACAAGGUCACACUGUGUUUGAAUAUUUAAUUGGGUAUACCUAGGGCUGCAACUAACAACUAAUUUGAUAAUCGAUUAAUCUGUCGAUUAUUACUUCGAUUAAUCGAUUAAUAAUCGGAUAAAAGAGACAAACUACAUUUCUAUCCUUUCCAGUAUUUUAUUGGGGGGGAAAACAGCAUACUAGCACCAUACUAGGGCUGCAACA